ACACUCCACUUUUGAUUUUUACUUCAAACCCUCCACUUGGACUCUAGCAUAUUAUAUAUCAUGGCUGCCGAAGCUGUCAACAAAGCGUCCAAAAAGGAUAAGAAAGAAAAGAAAGAAAAAAAGGAAAAGAAAGAGAAAAAGGAUAAAGAGGCGGUAGCUGGCAGUACUAGCACGGAAGAAGAGACGGUAAAGCAGGAGGAAGAAUCCAAAAGGAAAAAGCCAAAGAAAGAGAAAAAGCGGAAAGCGGAAGCAGCAACGCACGAUGACGACGAGGAGAAGCCUAGCAAGAAGAAGCAAGCUGUCUUUGUACCAGGUUUGUCUACAACUUUACGGACGAACGUACCUGCGCACCUUCCACUCGGACAAGGACGCAUGGAAGUUUAAAAAGAUCAGUCAAGUCUGGUGUUUGCACCACAUGUAUGACGAGAAUGUGGUAAGCUUUUUCUUUGUUGUUGCUACUCAUAGCAAGCGGGGCCGCAUGUACUCCACGCUUGCUUAGCACCAGGUGGGAUGAGGGUGGUAGGACAAAUGAGGGCUAUUAUUAAUAACAAUCGUCUGCUUGUAGAUGAGCGACAGCGUUUUUGACAUCAUGCUGGAAUACUUGAAGAAUAUGAAAGGACAGGCGCGCACGGUAAAUCAAAAUGAAAGGAUUCGGGGGGGGGGUGGUGUUUUGGUUUGGGGGAG